AUGCGAAAUCUUUCGAUAAUAGAAAUGGUGUCGUCAAAUCUUCUCUUCAUUCUAGGUGGUAUGGGCAGUGAUGUGAUCCAGCUUGCUCUUUCCUGUGUGAUUCUUACAAUUCUUUGUACUCUUCUGCUGGUGAACCGACGUAUGCGUAAGGAAAACUCGAGGGGUCAGGGUUCUCUCACUCUCUCACUGGUCAUCAAAAAUCGCUAUUUUCAAUGUAAAUUCAGGUUAAUUACCCCAGUAGUUCUCCUCGAUACAGGUGUCACUACUACCGAUCUAGUUGGCAGUACGUUCUUCCAAGUUGGUUUCGACUUUGAGGAGGAUAAGUACAUUGCCGACCCCGGAUACUUACUAGCAUAUGUUAUUUUACGUGUGGUAAGAGGCGUUAUGCCUUCCCACAUCUAUUCUCGCCCUCAAUCGAUCCACUUUUAG